CCGUCGGCUUCUGUGUGGACAAGUCGCGAUGGGCUAUUCUCGCCAUGCUGGCCAUAUUGUAUGCUGGUGGUGCUGUUGUACCUCUCGAUGUUCAGCUUCCGACUGAACGACUGAGGGUCAUCGUGGGGAACUGCUCCCCUGCCGUGGUCCUCUGCGAUGAGGCACAUGUACAGAAGUUUGAGACCCUGGGGCCUGGACGAUAAUACCAUGGUUGUAAGUGAGUCAAUACUCCAACAGAUGGAACCGACACACAAAGAUCAGUCUCAGGACACUCCCUCCACAUCGAUCCGUCCCGAGAACAUGGCCUGGAUUAUGUACACUUCUGGGAGCAUAGGAAUUCCCAAGGGUGUAGUACUGGAGCACAGAAACCUGCGUUCCAACCACGUGGGGAAAGGCAAUAUGUGCAACAUGGAUCCAACAACCCGCGCAUUCCGAUUCAGUGCCUACACAUUCAACGUCCCCAUUAGUGAUAUCUUCAUCACCUUGGCCUGUGGGAGUACCGUAUGUGUGCGCGGAAAGCGAGCGGAUGAAUGACCUGGUCGGGACCACACAGCGGCUCAAUCUAGCAGAGAUCGAAUCCAGCAUCCUGAAGCUUGUGCCCGGUGCCAGAACCGUGGUGGUGGAAUACUUCAGGCCCAAUGACGACAAACGUGUACUUGUUGCCGCUAUCGAGUUCUUCAGCUGCGAUGAAGGCGAUUUGUCAAGCAUGUAUGCAUGGAUAAGGACAUGGCUUG